AACUGCUGAAUACAACAUGGACUGCCUGAUAUUGGCAUGUAAGGGAGGUAACGUGUUUAUUGUGAAACACCUCCUGUCCUUGAAAACAUUUGACAUCAACAGAAGAGUGGGGUGGUCUAACCUAACAGCAGUUAUGAUGGCAGCUGCAAGAGGACAGUAUGAUGUUUAUAAUCUUCAUGUGUUGGAGGGAGCUGAUCUGUCACUAACUGGUCGAGAUAACAUGGACUGCCUGAUGUUGGCAUGUGAGGGAGGUAACGUGUCUAUUGUGAAACACCUCCUGUCCUUGAAAACAUUUGACAUCAACAGACGAGGGGGGUCAUGGAAACUAACAGCAGUUAUGAUGGCAGCUGAAGGAGGACACUAUAAUGUUUAUAAUCUUCUUGUGUUGGAGGGAGCUGAUCUGUCACUAACUGGUCGAGAUAACAAGGACUGCCUGAUGUUGGCAUGUGAGGGAGGUAACGUGUCUAUAGUGAAACACCUCCUGUCCUUGAAAAUAUUUGACAUCAACAGACGAUGGGGGUUUUGGAAUAAAACAGCAGUUAUGAUUGCAGCUGAUUCAGGACACUCUGAUGUUUAUGACCUUCUUGUUUUCGAGGGAGCUGAUCUGUCACUAUCUGAUGAAGACAACAAUGAAUGUGGACAUGUGAGGGAAGCAGCGUGUCCAUAGUGAAUCACCUCAUUUGGUUGAAACGUCUGGCCGAGGUGAAUGAAAAUUCAGCCAUAAAAAGAACGAGUACAUUACUGAAUGAGUCAGUUUGACAAGGACCCAGUCACGGGAAUAAACACUAAAGUUUAUGACAUGCUACCGGAGUCUGGAGUGCAAUAAUCACUACCCAAGACAGAAAAGAAACAAGCCAUGGUUUUGGACAGAAUGUGUUUUGAAGAUAUAUAUUUUUGUAAAUUAUACGCGUGUGUCCUUGUAAUCAUGAAGGAUACUAAACCAUCCGUAACCAUGGAGAUCCGUACCCAACGAAAAUGGCUAACCCGUAACAAAAAGUCUCGCCAGAUUCGUAUCUGUUUUGGUGGUGUCAUGUUUUAUUUGGCUUGCCCGAACCCUUAUUUGAAGGAUCGGUAUCCAGAUUGGGAUUACCCGUACCCAUUUAUGUUUUUAAAGCGAAAUGCCCGAAACUGGAUUGCUUUAACAGGUACAGAGCACGAAAACGUGUUUCUAAUCAUUUAUUCAACAGUAAAUUCUCAUAUAUUCUGACCUGCACUUUCAUAGCAAUCUGUUCAUUGCACUAUAACAUUUCCCAAAUUCAUUCUUUUUACAUUUCAAACAUUCGCCCGGUAUACGUUUCUGAACGUUUUCAUUAUACAGUACAAACAUUCAUUCAUUUUACGUUUGAAAAUUCAUUGAUUUUACAUUUCAAAAAUUCAUUCAUUCAUUGGUUAAUGAACAAUCAACCAAUUCACUCGACCAAUGUCCGUUGUUUGUCUUCAAGUGGCAUUACUUGCUCAACUCAAUCAAUGUCCGUGGUUUGUCUUCAAGUGGCCUUACUUCCUCAACUCAAUCAGUGUCCGUGGUUUGUCUUCAAGUGGCCUUACUUCCUCAACUCAAUCAAUGUCCGUGGUUUGUCUUCAAGUGGCCUUACUUCCUCAACUUGAUCAAUGUCCGUGGUUUGUCUUCAAGUGGCCUUACUUGCUCAACUCAAUCAAUGUCCGUGGUUUGUCUUCAAGUGGCCUUACUUCCUCAACUCAAUCAAUGUCCGUGGUUUGUCUUCAAGUGGCCUUACUUCCUCAACUCAAUCAAUGUCCGUGGUUUGUCUUCAAGUGGCCUUACUUCCUCAACUCAAUCAAUGUCCGUGGUUUGUCUUCAAGUGGCCUUACUUCCUCAACUUGAUCAAUGUCCGUGGUUUGUCUUCAAGUGGCCUUACUUCCUCAACUCAAUCAAUGUCCGUGGUUUGUCUUCAAGUGGCCUUUCUUCCUCAACUCAAUCAAUGUCUGAGGUUUGUCUUCAAGUGGCCUUACUUCCUCAACUCAAUCAAUGUCCGUGGUUUGUCUUCAAGUGGCCUUACUUCCUCAACUCAAUCAAUGUCCGUGGUUUGUCUUCAAGUGGCCUUACUUCCUCAACUCAAUCAAUGUCCGUGGUUUGUCUUCAAGUGGCCUUACUUCCUCAACUCAAUCAAUGUACGUGGUUUGUCUUCAAGUGGCCUUACUUCCUCAACUCAAUCAAUGUACGUGGUUUGUCUUCAAGUGGCCUUACUUCCUCAACUCGAUCAAUGUCCGUGGUUUGUCUUCAAGUGGCUUUACUUCCUCAACUCAAUCAAUGUCCGUGGUUUGUCUUCAAGUGGCCUUAUUUGCUCAACUCAAUCAAUGUCUGUGGUUUGUCUUCAAACAAUCAGUGUCCGUGGUUUGUCUUCAAGUGGCCUUAAGUGCUCAACUCAAUCAAUGUUUGAGGUUUGUCUUCAAGUGGCCUUAAUUGCUCAACUCAAUCAAAGUCUGUGGUUUGUGAUAUUAGUCCUCAAGUGGCCUCGUCACCUAGAGAGCUGCAGUCUGAAAGCUGAUAUCUCUCUCUGCUGGUAUUUAUACCGGCUUCUGAAAGGUUUGCCUUGGUGUGACAAAUCAUAUGUAGUUUCAUUGGGUAUGGAUUCACCUUUUUGGGGGGAAGGAGUAAUCAAGCUGAUUAGGAACAAGUGGGUACGGGUUCUCCAACACUUGGUAACGAGUCAUCCAGUUGAUUAG